AUGAGGUCGCAGCGGGGGGCGAGCCCGCGAAGCCCCCGCAACGAGAGCCCACGUGGAGGGAGUCCUGGCCAGAGCCCCCGCGGCAACCGCGGGGACAGCCCUCGCCAUGGCCAGAGCCCCCGCGGCAACCGUGGGGACAGCCCUCGCGGUCGCAGGAAUUCAGCCAGGGAGGCGAGGCGAAUCUCGGUUCGCGAAGACCCGGUGCAGGAGCCGGAGGAGUCGCCCCAGUGGAAAAAAUCGUCACGGCAGCGGCCGGCUGUAGACCGGACCAUUUCCCUCGCGGACGUGGUCGUCCGAAACCAUCAGCUUGAUCAGCUCAAGGAGUCCUUGGAGCUGGGUGGAGGGAUCGUCGCACGCAAGACGGUUGGGGAGUUUCUGAAGGGCUUCCGGCUUGCCGCUGGCCAAGAUCUCCGUCUAGAGGCUUUCGACAUCGUCGGUUUGCAGGAUGGUGACGAGUUGGACGUGGAGCUUGCGCAGGUCGUGCAAGAUUCGCUCACAGACAGCAAGGAAGAUGACCGCGAUAUCCGCCUUUAUGCUCGCCCACCGUGGUUUGAAGCAGAGACAGUUCGGGUUGGUCGAUGCCGACGUUUUUGGAGCUGCCUGCUGCCCUGCUGCGUUCGCCGACAGCCUCGCCGUUGGCGUCGGAAGCACCGCUACCGUGAGGACCUUUUUGCUUGCUUCAUCCGGGUGCAACAGGCCCUUUUGCGACUACUGUACCGGAGUAGCUCUGCAGCAAAGCAGAACGACGUCUUCGUGAGCUUUGAGGAAGCCGACAAAGAUUUGGCCAAAUGGCUCCGCCUGUUCUGUGACACGCGGUCCCUAUCUGUUAGUGCGCAGUUGGCAAACGAUGCAGCCCGUCAAAAACUGCAGGAGGCAGAGGCGAAGCUGGCCCAGGAGAAGGAGGAGCGAGAGAAGCAGGCACAGCAGGAGCAGGCAUUGACAAAGGCUGAGCAAAAGAAGCGCACCAGCCAGAUAUCUGCACGCUCGUCAGAUACGGGCUCGGAGGUGAAGGAGACCGAGACGGCCAUUGAAGUGGAGGAGGAGCAGGAGGAGGAGGAGGAUCGCGAAUCGCUCAUGCAGUGGUUGGAGGAGCGGGAGGAGCUUAUCAGGACCUCGCGGAUUCUCAUCGUGAUCGUGAGCCAGGACUCGCUAGAGAACGCUGCAGUGCUUCAAGAUUGCAUUUGGGCUUUCCAGUGGGGUGUGCCGAUCCUGCCAGUUCGCCGAGUGGUGGCUGGAAAGCCAGCAAAGGGUGAUGAGUUCCGGGAGCAGCGCCGGAAGCUGCGCUUCCUUUUCACCCUUAACAUGGGACUUCCUCAAGUGGGCUUGGGUACAAAUCGAAAGGACUUCUUUUUCAAGGUGUCGGCAGCUCUGGCUACGGGCAUCCGGUCCGGGCGUUCGGAACGGCGUGAGCAGAUGCCAAAGAACAUUUGGGAGUUCUUCUCUCGGUCUGUGAAGCAUCUGCAGCGAGAUGCUCAGGAGUUGAAGGAGUCUACUGGGGAUCAGGUUGCUAUGCAGCCUGCUGAAGCACGCUUUCGGAUCGAGCAUGGUGCCCUCGUCGAUAUUCCUGAACUGGGGCAGCUCGCCGAGGAGAAAAAGGAGGAGAAGAUCGUUGCGAAGGACGCUGAGGAGCAGGAGGACGAUGAGCGGAAGGAGAAACGCAAAAAGAACGAAGCUCAGGAAGAGACAGAUCCGUCCAACCGGCUUCCGCCUACAAUGGAGGAUCGCACCUUCGGCGUGCUGUCCAUGCUUCUCUUGGAGGGCUCGGAGAAUCUGCAGGUCGCUUCGAAAGCUGCGCAGGCCUUGCGAAUCAUCACACAAACGGAGCGUGGCUCGCAAGCUGUGGCCAGAUUCCGGGGCAUUGAGGUGUUGCUGGUAAUGGCCAUGCUCGCUUGCAGUCGCGUGCAGGAGCAGCGACGGGCACCGACUUCGGCGCGCGGGGGCGCCUCGCCGAAGAGUGGCCGGCACGAUGACACGGCGCGCAGAGAUGCUUCUCCGAAAGCGCGACGGCGCCUUGGUGGCCAGGACGCUGACUCUGCACGCGAUGCAAGCGCUCGUGGGGAUGGCAGCCCAAGGAGUCAGGACUCACCCGCGUCGCCCCGCACUGGACUCAAGAGCGCACGAGGGAGACAUGGUGGCUACAAGGCGCAUGAGGGUGCCGCAGCCGUUGGUGAAGCAAGCCCACGCAGUCAGGACUCACCAGUAUCACCUCGCGGGGGUGGGCUGAAGAGUGCACCAGCACGAUAUGGCACCCGCAAGGAAGAUCCGCCAGACUCGGGCCGGGAGGACCCAAGAAGUGCACGAGGUCGGGCUGCCCCGGCUGCCCCUUCAGCCCGUGGCGAGGCCUCUGCGAGAGGCGAUGCUUCUGCGAGAGGCGACGCCUCGGCGCGCUCUGGCCAAUCUGGCGAGAAGCUGGAACGGCGUUGUUUUUGCUGCUGCUGUUGCUGUUGCAAGCGCUGUCGCCGCAAGGGCGCGCACGAGGAGAACGACGAUGAUUUUGUGGACUCAGAAACAGGUACGGGACAGGGAAAGCCAACAUCCGGCGACGUUACUCUGCGAUUGGCUGAUCAUGCUUUUGCAUCGCUGCGGAAUGUCGCCGCCCAUUCUGCUGAUCGGCGCCAGCAGAUUCUGGCCUUCGGGGGUGAGCAGGUUGGUGUGGAGGCUCUUGCGCUUUUUCGUGGCCGCGAUUCUGGGCCCAGUCGCUCUGUCGCUGCCUACUUGCGUAACCUUUCAGAAGGCUCGGAUGGUGUCGUGCCCUUGGCCAAUGCGGGCUUCCUGCAACUGGCAGAGGAAGAGCUUGAUGACAACAUGGGUGGAUCCCCAGUUCGUCGCCACAUCCUCGCAGCUUUGCAGAACAUGGCAGCACAAGUGGGACAGAGUGAGGAAGUCUUCACCCAACCUGCUAGCUGGCUGGAGCUUUGUGCCAUCGCUUCGCAACGUGCUCUGCAGGACCGAGAUGCUCGGACGACGCAGCAAGCUUUGGGAGCCAUGGGAAACUUUGCAGUCCUCCGAGCUGCCAAGGAGGCAAAGAUGAUGGAUGGCACAGCAGGCAAUGGUGCGUAUGGGCCAACUGCGACAAUGCGGCUGGCUCCAGCUUCUACUGAUGCGCCGGAUGAGUCCGAGGAGGAGGCUCCGGAGCUGCCCUCGCCUGAGGCAACAAAGCCACCGAGCGAGUCGGAGGAGCACAGCGACUCGGAGCGGAGCUCCUUGGGAAGUGGCCCUGUGCGGCAGGCUGACAUGGCCGCAAGAUCAGUCCCCCGCUCCGGCUCGGAUCUCCCAAGCGUGCCCACCGACGACCAGGAGCUCGACUGGUCGCUGGGAAAGGCGCAUGAGAAGGUUCCACCUGCGAUGAUUCAGGACAUGCUCGACUUGCUCCAGGUCGGAAGGCGUUCACCUUCAAACACAGAAUCGGUGACAGGCGCAGUCUCGGCUCCGUCGGUGUCCAUCGCCACCAGCACUGCUGCCACAUUGGCGAACUUCGCACAGGACACCGACAUCGAGCGCCUCAUUGGUUCCAUGGGUGGUGUUGAGAUCAUGCUGGAGUCUAUGGAAAGAGUUGAUGCAAAGGAGUUUCAUCUUCAGGCUGUGCGCUUUCUUUGGAACAUGACGUUCUCCAAGAUCAAUCAGCAGCGGUUCAUGGACCAUCAAGGUGUCGAGCAGGUACUGGCCAUCCUUGGGCGUCAUUGCCAGCCAGAGCAUGCACCACUGCAGGAACAAGGCUGCGGCGUGCUCCGCAAUCUGGCCUAUGGCCACACUGGAAGGCACAAGCUGAAGCUGCUGCAAUCUGGGGUCGUCCAGUGCCUGUGCGAGGCCUUGCAGAACUUCUACAAGGACAUCCACGUUUGCAUCCAGGCGGUAGCCGGGCUCACUGCGAUGUGUGACCGAGCCCCACCUGCUGCUUUGCAAGCAACCCAGAAUGGGGCGAUCAACUGGCUAGUGAAAGCCCUGAAGCUCACAGGGGAGAAUGUGGAAGUCACGCAUCAAGUUCUCCAGGCUCUCACCAGCAUCCUCAUCAUUCCAGAGGCUUUGACCCCCUUCGGGCUUCGUGGUGGGCAUCUGGAGGUGCUCAAAGUGCUGGAUCGGCUUCCUUCUGAUGGAACCUCGCUUCUGGCCUUUCGGGCCUUAGCUGCUGCGCUGAGCCACACGCAGCUGAAGGAGUUAAAGGAUCAAAACCUUGCCGUCGUUAUGGCCCAGGAGCUUGAGGAGCAGGACGAUGAUGAGAACACGAUAAGUGCAGCUGAGAAGGAAAACUUGAUCUCGCAGUGGCAGCUGAUGAGUGACGCUCCGGGCUCGCAGAUACGCAUCGAUCUGAUGGACACACACGUGGUUCGGAAAGUCAUCAAUGCGUUGAAAAAGUUUCACGAGUACACGACAGCCAUAGAGGCUGGUGCGGGGGUGCUGCUCAACCUCACACUCGAAGUCCAUGAAAAGCUGGAGAAGGAUGAGUACCACUUGACGCGAAAACUCGAAGUGGGCAUGGAAUGCCACAAGUGCCUCACGAUCAUUGGGCAUCUGGCCGCUGACAGCACCGAGAGCAAUGCAGGCUUUGCGGCCAAUAUGUUCUACCUCCUGGCGGCUGUGACGCUCAAUGAGGAAGUUGCGCUCUUGCUCUACAGAGAGAAGGCUGCUGCCAGAUCUCUACAGUACAUGAAGGAUUACAAGGACCAACCCCGAGUCCAAGCAGCAGGCGCGGCUUUCCUCAGCAACCUGGCAAAGACGAAGCUUCGCAUCCGCGAGGCUGUAGUGGAGGUCGGCUGCGUCGAGUACAUGCUGUCUCUGCUGGCAACAUCCAAGGACAACGCGGUGGUAGUCUCUGGUGCUGCAAGAGCACUCAAGGACCUCAUUCCGGCACAGGCGGCCUUCGAGAUUGUGAGGAGGUAUGACAUCAUCAAGACCAUCUUCGAGGCCGUGGACCAUCACGUGGACAACACGAGACUUGGAGAAAUGCUGAUGUUCUUGAGACCUAUCAUACUUAGUUCCAGCGAAGUGGCUGGCAGCUAG